AUGCGCUUCCUAUACAGAAUACCCUUGGCUGCUCUUCUAGUUGCUGGCGCGCUGUUCCUGGUUUCAGCCUUUGUCUUCCCCGUCAGCGAGACCUCCUACGCGGGCAACUACCAUCUUCGUCAUUUAUCAGCCGCCGCACGCCGAGAAAUGCGUAGCCAAAUAUCUCCGCUCUCGAAGACAGACUACAAGGAGGAAACCGGCUUAGAAAACACGAGUCUCCAAUUCGCCCUUCGUCCCGGAACUAUAGUGAGCAUUUAUCUACCACACGCCGGAUUUCUCUGGUCGGAUUUCAACGCAUGGGACGAGGAACACGCCAUCUUUUACCCCUUGGAUAUGUCAUCCUCUUCGCUAGAGGCAGCGACUUGGCGAGUUGUUUUCAAGGAUCCAAUUGGGCGUAUGAAACCGUGGGUAAUUCAGCGCCCUGUUACUUCCUACUCCCCGAGUGGCACAAUUAGCCCGGUCUUGCACGGUGAUCGAAUCCUCUUACGUGACGCCGAACUCGAUGGAUUUCUCACUGCCGAGGCGCAGCCAUCGAUCCUUGACCGGCUCUUCCUUGGUGGUGACCCGACUACUGGUCGACAUGAAGUGAACGUACAGGCCGUGCCGGGAAACGGCUCCCUCUGGACCAUCAAAUACAAUCCGGCCACUGACUGCGGAUUUCGGUUAUAUAACCCAGAACGCAGCUGCUAUCUGUCAUCAUCGCUACGCAAUUUUCCAGACUGGGACGGUGCAUUAAACGACACGAUCGCUGCAUUGCUUCACUUGGAGCUCGAGGCGACCUGUAUGGCAGAGCCCAAAGACGCCGUUUCACGAUUGUUCCUUGUUGAUGGCAACAGUAUCCUCACUGGCAAGAUACUCCGCAGUAUCAUUUGUCUCCGCAGCAUCAUCGAGACUGCGCGCAAAUCGCUGAAUAUUACUCGAAAUUGCUGGGGCUCUUAG